AGAACAAUCAUUAGUAUGACCAAAGAGUCCCCUUUGACCUUGGAACUUCCCUGGGUUGAAAAGUACAGACCUCAUAAGCUUGAUAACAUUGUUGGAAAUGAGGAAACGGUUGAAAGACUCAAGUUAAUUGCCAAUGAUGGUAACAUGCCUCAUAUGAUUAUUUCUGGAUUGCCAGGGAUUGGAAAGACCACUUCUAUUCAUUGUUUGGCACUCGAACUUCUAGGACCAGAAUUAUAUAAACUGGCAACCUUAGAGUUGAAUGCUUCUGAUGAUAGAGGUAUUGAUGUUGUUCGUAACAGAAUCAAGCAAUUUGCUCAAACCAAAAUUCAAUUGCCUCCGGGCAGACAUAAGAUUAUCAUCUUGGAUGAAGCUGAUUCUAUGACACCUGGAGCUCAGCAAGCGUUAAGAAGAACAAUGGAAAUUUAUUCCAAUACUACCAGAUUUGCCUUUGCUUGUAAUCAAUCUUCCAAGAUAAUAGAACCAUUACAAUCGCGGUGUGCCAUCCUAAGGUAUAAUAAGCUUGCUGAUGAUCAAGUAUUAACGAGAUUGUUGGAAGUGUGCAAGCUUGAGAACGUUCAGUUCAACACCGAGGGUCUUCAAGCAUUGAUAUUCACAGCUGAAGGUGAUAUGAGACAAGCCAUCAACAAUUUACAGAGCACAGUUGCAGGGUUUGGUAUGGUUAAUGAUGUAAACGUAUUCAAAAUUGUUGACCAACCUCAUCCUUUAGUGAUUAGAAAGAUGCUUAGAAGUUGCUGCAGCAGCCAAGACAUAGAUAAUGCCAUCGAUUUACUAGACGGUUUAUGGGUCAAAGGAUACUCUGCAAUUGAUAUCGUUACCCUGGCUUUCAAGGUUGCAAAAACGCUUCCCGAUAUCAAUGAACUGAAAAGAUUGGAAGUGAUAAAGGAAAUCGGCUUCACUCAUAUGCGUGUUCUUGAAGGUGUUUCUACAUACUUACAGUUAUGUGGGAUGUUGGCCAAGAUUUGUGAUAUAUGAAGUAUAUGUGCAUUAGAUUAGGAAUUCUCGUAGGCUUUGCAGAGCUUUUCAAAAUGGUCUAUCUGCUCAUUAAUAAAGUCAUUGGAUGUAUCCUGGUUUUCAUUCUUCAAGAUGUUGACAAUUAGAAAGUAGUUAUUGUACAAGAAGAUCUCUUUGUCAGUCGGGUUCUUCACCUGGUUGCUUACUUUGGUUAAUGUAUUCUCAAAGUCAUUUCUCAAUCUUGUAAUAGAAGUGUAAAGAGGUUCUCCUCUUAAAGUUUCAAUCUUGCGGGUACCAUCAACAUCUAUGAUACUGAGUUUCAACAAUCCCAGGAGCAUUUGUCCAAAUUGUUGUGUUAAAGACGAUGGAGCAAGGUUACCUUUGUUUCCUCCUAUUCUGAUUAUAGUUUUCUUCAUUGCAUCACAGUUCAAGUCAAUAACUCGGGUGAAUUGAGGCCACAAAAUUAAUAAUAACGAGUUAAUAUGGUCUUCAAGAACUGGAAUAUGGAAUUGGUUGUGUAAUUGGAUCAGUGAUGUUUGAAUGAUCCGGAUCAUGAGAAGUAAUGCGUAUACAUCACAACUUCCUUGGAACGUAUGGGUCAUUCUGGAGGAAUUUAAAGUAGUGGAUGCUCUAUUUGCAGCCAGAAAAAUCGAAGGCAUAUGUGUGAUUAGCCAACUAAGAAACUCUCUGCCAACUUUGUAGACAUUGUCGAACAUCAACAAAGACCAAUCUUUUUUCUCUGGUUCUCCUGUCACUGGAUUGGAAAACUCCACCGUAUGAUACUUUUCUUCUCCUUGGAAGAAGAAUUCCACCACGAAAAGGUAUUCCACCACAACGUUGUCGAGUAACGCGGUAAACCAUUGGUUGAAUACAAAUUCAACCCAGUAGCCAAAUGGUGUUGUUUCCGCGAUUUGGGCUGGCAUGGCUGACUUAUGAAGGUCUUCUAAGUUCGUGUUGAUGAUUUCAAGACGCUUAUCUACCGAGCCCAAAUACUCUAGAAGAGUGACUUUAUUA